AUGGCUAGGCGUUUGGUGCUGCUGCUUCUGACGUGCCUUCUACUCGUUUCAAAUACAAACAGGUACAGUAUACGACGAUUCAAGUCUGUAGUGCAUGUCCUAUCACCUGAUGUUUGGUAUCGACGUGUAGAACAUGAAGACGACCUCACAAGCUCGCGAACUAAGCGAGCAGUAGAUUAUCAAGUGCCGGGGGUGACAGCCCGACAGGAUGGUGAGACGAGAAUAGUGAAAUGGGGCCUCGCGUCCGGACCGUUGGUAAUCUCCAAGUACAACAUCUACCGCACGUUCACAACUCUCGUACCAUUUGAUGUCACUCGUUUGGAACCGAUUGCCACCGUAGUGGCGGGACCGAAUAGGCAGUGGAGAGACGACUGUCGGACGAGCGAAGCGUCGGUGCGCUAUGCGGUGACCGCAGUUGACGUCAGCACUAGAGAGCAUACAGAACACGUUGUUCCAUCACCGCUUCUGCCGUUGGUGGGAUCGUUUGAUAAUGUGGGAGACAUUAAGUAUCCGCUGCCUGAUCUUGUGCCGUGUUGCGUCGUUUGUCAUGAUAUUGCGUUUGAUUCGAAUUUGCAAGAGUUUCUGCUUGUCUAUGAUUGUGACGGUGACGGGGACGGAUAUGGAGACGACGUGUUUGCGAUCAGACUUGAUUCGUUUGGCAAUAAUAUUGGUUCUGUACGUCGCGUUAGUGCGCCAGUAUCAGAAUCCACUGCUCAACAUUGUCCAUCCGUAGUCUACAAUCCUCAUUUUAAAAACUAUAUCAUUCUCUUUCAUGUCAAAGCUACAACAGUGCACUCAAACAAGUUCGUCAUCGUGACGCAAAUAGUCUCGUCCGGUUCAUUGAACAACAUCACACAACCCAUUCUAUCGAUAAGAGGAACAACGCCAGCUGGAGUAGCCGCAGAUAUCGUCACCACAACCAUAAUUUACAAUCCAAUAACGUACGGCUACGUCGUCGCAUCGCAAAUGAAGCUGCCAAAUCGGAUUCAAAUCAUAUCCGCCUACCUAACCGAAGAGGGUAAACUCAAGUCGGGAGGCCCCGUAUUCUCAUUCUCAGUUAGCGUCCUUCAGCCUAGAGUCGUUUUCGACGAAUUGACGAAGAUGUUUGUGUUCGUAUCGCAACUGGACAAAUCGCAUCCUCAACUCUCUACGAAGAACGCUCUUCUUCAAAAAGCUUUUCCUGCAUCCGGGUAUCCCAACAGUCCUCCACAACCGUUUGCCUUUGGUUUGACGACCGUCGACGAUUCGUCGAUUAGUCUACACUUCGACAAUGCCACCAGGUGCGUUCGCGUGUGCUUCCUGCUCGUCAACGACAACGCGCUUACGGACACGACUUGCUCCAAGCUGUGUGCUAGCGGUUUCAAUCGGUACAAUGUGCGACCCUUGGAUGUCUCAUUCUGUACGUGCAAAAAUACAGCAAUCAAUCCACAUGUGAUCGAGUAUCCGGUCAACAGCGCAGUGUUUGGCGUUUGGGAGGAGAAAGACUCUACUCGUCAUCAAUUGCAUGGAUACUUCGUCAGUACGGUACAUUUCCAGCAGAAUCCUCCUGCAACGGUUCAGGAGCAUCCACGGGCUGUGUACAAAAGCAGUGACGGACAAGUGUGUGUUGCAUGGCGAUAUCAGUCUUUUGUGAACACUUGCAGCAAACUUGGAAUCCGAUGCUUUGAAUCGACGACACGCUGUAACGAUCCGUGUUGUUGUCAACAAGGGAACAAUCCACAUUGUGGAGCUUGCGGGGCCUUUCUCGAAUGUGACGCGAAUGCAUUGUGUACGCCGGAAAAUCAGUGCAAAUGUAGAGCAAACCUUGGAUUUGAAGGAGACGGUACAACAUGUUUGUUUGAUCCUUGUUCUGAGGAACACCACAAUUGCACCGAUUACGAAGACUGCAAACCAUCCGGCAACACUUUCACUUGCGUUUGCAAGAGGGGAUACAGGAGAGAGAACAACACAUGCGUACAGUCGGACCCGUGUGCGCCAGGCGCUCACGACUGCCACAAAGACGCUGUAUGUCAAAGAGGACCCAAUGGAACCUAUGUUUGCAAAUGCUUCCCGAACUUCGUCGGAAACGGGAAAGUUUGCGUAGAUACAACUGAAUGUCACAACCAUGCAACUUUGAUUAGCAAUAAAUGCGUUUGCAACCGUGGAUACGUCGGUAAUGGUGCAUUUUGUUGUCUAAAGGAAUUUAAAGACAAGUUAGUUGUGCUGGGAAAUUCUGUUAUUCUGAACCUUGACACCGAAUGUAUUGGACCAUUUCUGCCAUUCACCACAUUUCAAUGGUUCCACGACAAGUCCAAUACGGCCAUCGGCGCAAAGAAGAAGUCUUUUUACGCGCUCCGACCAGGUAACACCUCGUUGGCCAUCACAGCUAUCAAAACUAAGCAUUUGGGAGAGUACACGGUCAGAAUUGUCGUGGCCUCUAUUUCGUACGAGCUCUCUGCGAGGAUAGAUCUGAGGCCAGUAACAGGAAGAUGUGGAUGUGGACACUCCGGAAAAAUAAAUGCUCGCAUAUCCGUUGGCGGAAACGAAGCGAAACCGGGCGAGUUUCCGUGGCAGGUCAUGCUGUGUGGCAAUGAUGGCGUAUUUUGUGGCGGCGUCAUGAUCAGCAAGUGCUGCAUUCUGACUGCAGCCCAUUGCGUCACGGGCAGUGGGGCACAGAGCGCGUUCAAAAACAAGAUGAAAGCCUUGCAGGUCUGUCUCGGACGAAGGUGCGGAGAUUGCAGCAACGGUGUCUACUCCAAAAAAGCAGAAAAGGAUAAAGAAAAGCUUCAGUGCUUUAAAGUUCAUCGCAUUCACGUUCACCAAGCGUACAAUCAAGAGACCUUCGAGCACGACAUCGCACUGCUUCAACUCAAAUCGCCCAAAUGCAUCAAAUGCAGAGAUGAAAGCGCAAAACCCAUCUGUCUGCCAGUAUUGUCUAGAGACUCUCACUACAUCGCAGACGGCAAGAAGGCAUGGGUUAUAGGAUGGGGAGAAAUCCGGUCAUGUGAAGGCGUAGCCGCAUGCUUGAGAAAAGCCACAACUACGCUCGUACCGCGAUCGCAAUGCAGAGCCCAUUACGCACGCCAGCACAGGCCGGCAAACGUGACAAAAGAUAUGAUGUGCGCGGAAGACGACGUGGGACCGUGUCAGGGAGACAGCGGCGGACCUCUGAUGGUAAAAAACCGCGAUUUUGAGCACAGGUAUGUCCUCGCCGGUUUGGUCAGUUGGGGAAGUGACUGCGGCAAGGCGAAUUCGUUUGGUGUCUACACGAAGAUAACGCGUUAUCUCGACUGGAUCUAUGCCACUUGUAGCGAUUGGAACUAGUAGAGACAUGCAGUGCGGACUGUUUUUCUCUAGACAUAGAGAAGAAUGAGUUGAGACAUGCGGGAGGGGUCUGGUUACGCGAGUCUUGUUAUAGCUUAUGACGCCAUUUUCGUAGUAGAACGAUGAUGUGCAAAUGGACAAUAGCGUAAGAGUAACUUGUCAUUACAGAAUAACGUUUGCGUCGCAUUAUGGCACAAAGAAAUAUACAUGG